AUGUCCUCGAGACCUAUCACUCCUGUUUCACCGGUUCAAAGCGCUCACCCUGAUGCUUCGAUACAUUCCGCGCGAGCACCGAGUGCUAGACUAUCUUAUCGGCCCGUAUCCUAUGCUGGUACCCAGCACACUGAGACCGUGUCGCAUCCAAACCACUCUCAAGCCGCUUUACUGCAGGACCAAUCCACCGUAUCGCAAGCCGCCGACCUCCAUGAUGAAGUCGUCCACCAAAACCAGGACUCCCCAGAGCUCCCUCGGACCAACUCGCACAUGUCAGGAUCGCAGACGCUGCUACCAUCGAGAGGCGGGACACUGAAGAAGAAGGCCUCCCUUCACAAGAGCGCAAGUCUGAAGAGGACUGCGAGCAAAAGAAGCAGCUAUGCUGGCUCUGUGCGAAGCAUGCCACUGGCCGAAAAGGAGAAGUAUGGCGAAACCGAAGAGAGCAAUAGUGUUUUCUACUGCCCGGUCCCGACAACCGGAAAUCCAACAGAACUUCUCGCAGCGCGCUUCCAAGCAUGGCGGAAAGUCCUCAAGGAUUUGAUCAAUUACUUCCGCGAGUUGCACAAGACGUAUGAGAUGCGGUCCAAGGCGCUCAUGUCGACCUCCAACGUCAUCAACAACACCACCAUCCCUUCCAAUUUCUUGACGUCUGGUGGUUUGGGCGACGCCGCAUAUAUCCUUCGAGAUUUCCACAAACAAGGACUGAACGAAGCCAACAAGGCUCGGGAUCUCGAAAAUGAAGUCAUUAUUCAACUCACGGGUCUGCGUAGUGAUCUCCAACAGAAGAUCAAAGAGAUCAAAAGCUUGUCUGGUGAUUUUAAGAAUUCAGUAGACAAGGAAAAGGAGGCGACCAAAAGGGCCGUCCAGUCUCUCCAGGAGUCGCUCGGCAUGGUUGAUCACGACGCAACAUCUACCGGAGGGAAAGGGGAUCCUUUUCUGGUCAAGAUGGCUGUCGACAAGCAGAUUGAGAAACAGAUCGAUGAAGAGAACUAUUUGCAUCGGGCCUACCUCAACCUCGAAGCCUCUGGCCGAGAGCUCGAGUCUAUCGUGGUUGGCGAAAUCCAGAAAGCGUACAACGUGCUUGCUGGUAUCCUGCGCCGCGAGGCCGACGACGCCUAUGAUACCGCCGAGAAGCUCAAGGACGGACCGCUGUCGAUGGCCAAGGACCAUGAAUGGGACGAAUUCACCAGGAAUAACAAUCAAAUGGUGGACCCAAGGAUCCCGGUUCGACAAGUCUCUCACAUUAUCUAUCCGGGAAAAGACCACCCCGCAGCUAUAGAAGUGAGGAGCGGGAUGCUCGAGCGGAAGAGCAAAUAUUUGAAGAACUACACCCCAGGAUGGUACGUGUUGUCUCCGACACAUCUGCACGAAUUCAAGUCGGCAGACCGGAUCGCAUUCCAGUCGCCUGUCAUGUCAUUGUACUUGCCUGAGCAGAAAUUGGGCUCUCAUUCCGAGCGCGACUCUUCGUCUCAUAAAUUCAUGCUCAAGGGUCGACAGACCGGCUCGAUGCACCGAGGGCACGCGUGGGUGUUUCGAGCCGAAUCCCACGAAACGAUGUUGGCAUGGUUCAAUGACAUCAAGGAGCUUACUGAAAAGCGAGGCGAGGAGCGCAACGAGUUUGUCCGCAGAACGCACGCUCGAUCGCUGUCUGGCAAUAGCGUCAAGCCGGCGAGCAUUAUCAGCUCGGAGGGCGAAAUGGAAGACGAUGAGGCGGAUCGCGUUGCGUUUUCCGGUGAACAGUCCGUGCGAGGAACGUCUGCUGAUGGAGCUGGGGCGGCUGCAGCUGCGGCUGCCGCCAGCGCCGGUGGACUCGGUGUGGUUGCGUUGAACGACAUCGAGGACAACAGGUCUGAAGCCGGGUGGCGUCCUCCACAACGACCAGCACCAGGUGGGCGAUUUCCAUCUGAUCUCAACGUACAGCGCGGCUUACAGGCUCCGCUGUCCCCUUCUAGUGGAGAGAGUUCUGACCCAGACCGUGAUGUGAUAGCAGCAGCAGGAGCUCUGCCGGGCAGCGGAGUACCUUUCGCCAAUACGACGGAGAAGCACACGGAUCUUCAACCGGACGCUCACCUCCCUGAAGAACCGACUUCACAGAUGAACACGACCAGCCAGUAUACACCAGGUCACCAUCCGAAUUUGUUCCCCAGCCAUCAACCUCCUCCCGGCUCCCGUGAUGGCGCGAGUCAAUACGGUGAAUGGAUGGCACCGAUCGCUGCAGGCACGGGAGGCGCGGUGUUGGCCGCCGGCGCCAUGCAUCAUCACCACGAGCAUCUGCAGGAGAAGCAAGCUGAGACCACUGCCCAACGACUAGACGGCGAAUCAGCCAUACCGCACUAUGGGGAAUCUUCUGCUCCUAUCCCCGUAGCCACUGCGGCGCCUGUCGACGCGCCGUCUGGGCCGCGGGCAAUGAGCGAAACAACGACAGCGCCCAGCUCGGCGGUUGCGAACACCGUAUCCUCGGGGACAGAGGGAACUUUGUCAACCGUGCCUACAAGCAGCGGUCAUGGCGCGGCGACGGACACCAUGUUUGACGCCAAUGGUGUGUAUGCGGGGCCCAGAAGCUCCAAAACUGCGCCGACGGACUACGUGGUCAAGCCGGCGCCGGCCUAUAGCAAUGAGAAGAGCACCAGAGACUUCCAUGUGCCAGGAGAGUUCCCUGCGACCCCAGCUCUCAAUGACGACACAAGGAUCUACCACGACGUGGUCCAACAUUAG